UAGCGGUUUGAGAAGCUAGAGAUGUCGAAGAAAGCCUGGGUGCAAGCCAUCGCGGCGGCGGUUGCGGUGGUGGUCAUCGUGGUGGGUCUCGGGGUCGGUCUGGGCGUCGGACUGACCUGGAGGUCUGGGCGGGCGGACCGGGUAGGGGCGCCAUGCGAGCCCUACGGUCCGCCCGUGGGCAGCGGCGGGCGCUACUCCUACGCGGCCGUCGCCACCGACGUCGGAAAGUGCUCCGAGAUUGGCAGUGAUAUGCUUGAGAAAGGCGGUUCUGCCGUGGACGCCGCCAUCGCGAGCCUGCUGUGCAUCGGGCUGACCAACCCGCACAGUUCCGGGAUCGGAGGAGGUCUCUUCAUGACGAUCUACGACAGGGUGACCCGCACGGCGGAAACCAUCAACGCCAGAGACAUGGCGCCUGCCGCGGCCACGGAGAACAUGUACCAACGGAACUUCACACUGUCCACACUAGGGGGCCUCGCCGUGGCUGUACCCGGUGAAAUCCGGGCGUUCUGGACCGCCCACCAGAAACACGGGAAGCUGCCGUGGAGAGACCUGUUCCAGCCGGCCAUUCAGCUGGCAGAGGAGGGCGUCUGUAUAGGAGGGGCUCUAGCCGCAGCGAUAGACGAGAAAACGGUCGAUAUCAAGAGACCCUGGAGCGGCGGAAUCAUCACAGAACAGGACCUCCGGGACUACCGGGUAGAAGUGACGUCACCUCUCAACAUCUCCCUGGCGGGAGGCCUGACCGUCUUGUCGCCGCCUCCUCCAGCAAGCGGACCCGUCUUAAGUCUCAUCCUCAACAUCUUAGACGGUUACCGGUUCAGCCCCUCCAGUGUAGACAGUGUUGAUAACCAGGUCCUGACGUACCACAGGAUUAUAGAGGCAUUCAAGUUCGCUUACGCCAAGAGGAGCGAACUCGGAGAUCCAAACUUCGUAGAUAUUGCUGAGCUGAUCAGAAACAUGACGUCAGACGAUUAUGCGGAAUCUCUCCGUCUGAGAAUCACCGACAGCACGACGCACGACUACAGGUAUUACGGCCCGUCGUUUGUCCUACCUGAGGACGGCGGUACGUCACACGUGUCUGUUCUAGCGCCGAACGGAGACGCAGUGUCGGUAACCAGCACCGUUAACCUGUUUUUCGGCUCCAAGUUACGGUCCGCAUCGACUGGGGUGAUUCUCAACAACUUGAUGGACGACUUCUCCUCGCCCAAUCUCACCAACUCCUUCGGAGUCCCCCCUUCUCCGGCAAACUUCAUCCGACCCGGCAAACGUCCCAUGUCGUCCAUGAACCCCACCGUGGUGGUUGAUGGGAACGGUGACGUCAGACUGGUGACGGGUGCGUCCGGGGGAACAAAGAUCACCACGGCAACGGCUUACGUCCUGAUGCAGCACCUGUGGUUCGGGCUUGACCUCGGGCCUGCCGUUGAGAAGCCCCGACUGCAUCACCAGCUGCUACCCGACCGCGUCGACACGGAAAGAAGCAGGCCGUUCCAACCAGAGGCCGUUCUGGAGGGUCUACGUCAGAAGAACCACGUGACUAACGUGGCAGGCUCCGCCAUUGUCAACGGCGUGGCCAGGAAUGGUGACGUCAUCAGCGCCGCCUGUGACUCGCUGAAGGGAGGAUUUCCUGUGGGGUUCUGA